AUGAGUUGGUCCUCGCACCCCCGGAGUUUAAUCCUCUGCUUCUACACUCUUUCAUUGCUCUAUUCAACAUGCCUGGCAUAUAUUGCUACCCGAGACAACUGCUGCAUCUUAGAUGAAAGAUUUGGUAGUUAUUGCCCAACUACCUGUGGAAUUGCAGAUUUCCUGUCUACUUACCAAACCAGUAUAGACAAGGAUCUACAGAAUUUGGAAGGCAUCUUAUGUCAGAUUGAGAACAAGACAUCGGAAGCCAGAGAGUUGGUCAAAGCAAUCCAGAUCAGCUACCACUCUGAUGGAUCAGCAAAGCCAAAUGGGAUAGAGAGUGCUACCAAGAAUUCCAAGAAAAUGUUGGAAGAAAUUAUGAAAUAUGAUACAUUGAUUUUAACACAUGAAUCAACAGUUCGAUUUUUGCAGGAAAUAUAUAAUUCAAAUAAUCAAAAAAUCAUCAACCUGAAACAGAAAGUGGUCCAACUGGAAGCAAAGUGUAAGGAACCUUGUCAAGAUACAGUGAAGAUACAUGAUACAACUGGGAAAGAUUGUCAAGACAUUGCCAAUAAGGGGGCCAGAGAGAGUGGGAUUUACUUUAUCAAACCUCUGAAAGCUAAGCAGCCGUUCUUAGUCUACUGUGAAAUUGACGGGUCUGGAAAUGGAUGGACUGUGUUUCAGAUGAGGCUUGAUGGCAGUGUGGAUUUCAAGAAAAACUGGAUUCAAUAUAAAGAAGGGUUUGGACAUCUGUCUCCUACUGGAAACACAGAAUUUUGGCUGGGAAAUGAGAAGAUUCAUUUGAUAAGCACACAGUCUACUAUCCCAUAUGUAUUAAGAGUGCAGCUGGAGGACUGGAAUGGCAGAACCAGUACUGCAGACUAUGCUACGUUCAGGGUGACAGGUGAAAAUGACAAAUACCGCAUGACAUAUGCCUACUUCAUUGGUGGAGAUGCUGGAGAUGCGUUUGAUGGCUACGAUUUUGGCGAGGAUACUAGUGACAAGUUUUUCACAUCCCACAAUGGCAUGCAGUUCAGUACCUGGGACAAUGACAAUGAUAAGUUUGAAGGCAACUGUGCUGAACAGGAUGGAUCUGGUUGGUGGAUGAACAAAUGUCAUGCUGGCCACCUCAAUGGAAUUUAUUACCAAGGUGGCACUUACUCAAAAUCGUCUACUCCUAAUGGUUAUGAUAACGGCAUUAUUUGGGCCACUUGGAAAUCCCGGUGGUAUUCAAUGAAGAAAACCACCAUGAAAUUAAUCCCAUAUAACAGAAUCGCCAUUGGAGGAGGACAGCAGCACCACCUUGGGGGAGCCAAACAGGUCAGACCAGAACACCAUGUUGAAAUAGAAUAUGACGAAGUCAUUUUACCCUGA